CCACGUCCAACCCGUCUGAUUUCGGCAUUGUCACCAGUAACAUGUCCGGUAACGCAUCGGCUGCACAGUCCGAUGAUGGCGACAAAGAUCCCGUUGUUACAGACAAGAAGGCAGAACCAAAGGUGACGAAAGGGAAAGCUAAGUCGGCGAAGAAAGCUACAAAAAAUAAAAGGUUUCGUUCCAAGAAGCCCAAAGACAUGCCGCCUCGUCCGCUGAGUGCUUACAAUCUUUUUUUUAAGGAAGAAAGGGUGCGUAUGUUGACGGGAGAUGUAGCGAGUGAGGGCGACGACGCUCCAAAACGUAUUGGGUUCGAAGCUAUGGCCAAAACAAUCGGGAAACGGUGGAAGGAAUUGCCCGAGAUUGAACUUGCUCGAUACAAAGCCGAAGCGAAAGAUCAAAUGGAUAACUACCGCAGGGAGAUGGAUAAGUAUCAUAUUAAUGUCGCAAAACGCGCUCGUCUGGAAAAGGAACAAGCGGCAGCGCAAAAAGCCGAAGAGGAAGCCGCUGCGGCAGCGGCUAGAAAGACAAUGUUUGAGUCGAACCCGCAAGGGGAUAUGCAGCAGAUGGUACCGGGUCUCGCUUCUACAAUGGGAGGUUCAAACAGUGCCGCUAUGGGAGGGUCGGGGAAUUUCGAUAUGGAACAACUUUUGCGCGCUCAACAAGGUAUGCUUAAUCCGGCGAUGAACGUUCCAAUGAUGGGACUUGGAGCGAACUUUUCGCAAUUCUACGGGUCGUCCGGACUUCCUGCUGGUAUAGGGACUGGUGGACUUGGCAUGGGGAUGGGACAGACCAACUCUCAAUUUUUCCCAGGGUCUAUGAUGCAGGGCAAUUCAUUCCCGCAGCAAGAUAACAGUCAGCACAUGAUGCAAAACCAGAACCCCAUGGCUUUCCAGCUUGAACAACAUCUACAACAGCAGCAAUUACAGAUGCUUCAACAGCAGCAGCUACUCAUGCAAAUGUCUGGAGCUCAAGGUCAGCAACCACCUUAUGGAAGCGGAGGAGGGAGUGGGGAUAUUUCUGGCUUUCCGGCAGGGCCUGAUUCGUCUUUUGCUUACAGCGACCAAAAUACCUUCCAUGGCAACCCUGGAGGAUCUUAG